AUGCUACGUCAAGCGAUUUUCGUGUCUCUUGCGCUUCAGACCACCGUCAUCCAGGUUCGCGGCUUCUUAACCCUAGGCCGCCCUCUUUACGACGCGACAUUUGACUAUGUGGUGGUGGGAGGUGGAACGGGGGGAAGUGUUGUGGCGACUCGGCUCGCCCAAAAUGGUUUUGAAGUUGGUCUAAUCGAAGCCGGAGGUAAUUACGAAAUUGAAUCUUUCAAUGCUAUUCCGGCCGCCGAUAUCCUCCCCGUCGGCUCAGACCCCGAUACACAGUCUGCUACAGAUUGGGGAUUCGUGGUGAAGGGUCAGCCAGGAGCAAAUGGGCGGCCAAUACAUUAUGCCCGUGGAAAAUGUCUCGGAGGGUCAUCUGCGCUAAACUUUAUGAUAUAUCAACGACCAACGCGCGACUCCAUGCAACAAUGGGCCAAUGCAGCCAACGAUAGCAGUUAUACCUUUGAUAACGUGCUCCCCUUUUACAAACAGAGCGUUCAAUUUACACCUCCUAAUUGCGAUAGUCGCGCAUACAACGCGACUGCUGCGUAUGACAAAGAAGCAUUUGAUGAGCACGGCGGGCCUUUACAUGUAUCAUAUGCGAACUAUGCCAUGCCAUUUUCAUCCUGGAUGAAGCUCGGCAUGGAGGCAAUUGGUAUUGAGGAGAGGCAGGAUUUUAACUCGGGCUCGUUGAUGGGAGCACAAUAUUGUUCUUCGACAAUUGAUCCUCUCACUGAGCUUCGGAGCAGCUCUGACGCUUCAUUCCUCUCCAACAUCAAGUCAUCCACUCUGACAAUUUAUACCCAGACACUUGCGAAGAAAAUCGUUUUUAAUGACAACAAAAAAGCGACUGGUGUGAAAGUGGCUGGUAUCUUCGGAAAUACUAUCACAAUUUCUGCGUCCAAAGAAAUCAUCAUAUCCGCUGGAGCUUUUCAGUCACCACAGCUUCUGAUGGUUUCCGGUGUGGGCUCCUCUGAUGUAUUACGAGAGCAUGGGAUUGAUGUCGUCUCUGACAGACCUGGUGUUGGCCAGAACAUGUGGGACCAUCCUUUUUUUGCUCUCACAUAUCGAGUCCAAGUUGACACAUUCACUAAAUUUGCCGACAACUUUCUUUACUCGGCUAGCAAAAUCAUCGACGGAUUGUUAGAGAGGGUCGGCCCAUUGACUAAUCCGGUUUCUGAUUACCUUGCCUGGGAGAAGAUUCCCAAAUCUCUGCGAUUUCAGUUCUCGCAGACAUCACAGGAAACGUUGGCUCAGUUUCCCGCUGACUGGCCCGAAGCAGAGUACAUAUCAGGCGCGGGAUACAUUGGCAACGUCUCAAAUCUCCUAGAAGACCAGCCUAAGGAUGGUUAUCAGUACGCCUCAAUCCUCGGUGUUCUUGUUGCUCCUCUAUCUCGAGGCAACGUCAGCUUACAGUCUGCCGAUGUUUCAAACCUUCCAGUUGUUAAUCCAAACUGGCUUGAUAAUCCUGCUGACAAAGAAGUCGCCAUUUUGACGUUCAAAAGAAUCCGCCAAGCUUUCGAAAGUGAAGCCAUGGCACCGGUGGUGAUUGGCGAGGAAUACUACCCCGGUAAACAAGUCAAGAAUGAUGCCGACAUCCUUGAAUUUAUUCAAAACAAUGUGAUGCCUUUGUGGCACGCUGCUUGCACUUGCAAGAUGGGGACUUCGGAUGAUAAAAUGGCCGUUGUUGACUCCCAGGCUCGGGUAUACGGCGUGCAAGGUCUACGUGUCGUUGAUGCUAGCGCAUUUCCACUUCUUCCUCCGGGUCACCCGCAGUCAACAGUUUAUAUGCUUGCGGAAAAGAUAUCAGCUGCGAUCAUUCAGAGCUCCAAGUGA